GUUGUUUCUUUGGCUUUGAGGAACAAUUACGCUAGAAAUUUUGGGCACUGACGAUUUGACAAGUGUCACUGUCACCUGAAUUUGACAAUCGCAAAGUGCCGGUUCGCGAGUGACAUUCACCAACGUAAAAAAACAAUCGCCGUGCAGUUUUUUCCACCAUUUUGAAGUGCAUUCCAAACCGUGUCCAGCAACAGCAGCCGAGGGAUGAGUUGAAGAAAAACAAUUUUCCGGCUGCAACACCCUGAAACAAUGCCAAAUCAAACAUAUCAAGAGGACUACUACCGCCCACAAUGUCUUCAACAAUCUCAGUCUAUAAAUCCCUUAAACCCAAUAAAUAACAUAAAUCCACCAGUGGCAGGACCAGCACAAUGUGUCCAACCACAACAAUACUCCUCAGUCACACCUUACCCCACACUAAGCAACAAUUCCUAUUACAAUUCCCAAUCAGUUUACAAUCAACAUCAUGACUACUACCCGAAAACAAUCCCACUUCCACAGAGUUCCCUUCCAUAUGACAAAGACUGGCUGCCUGAUGCUCGUAUAGUCAGUGAUAUAGAAAAAGGACUCAGAUUACAGAAAAUAGAAACAAUUGAAAUAACCAGCAAAGAUUUAAGUCCUGCAAGUUGCUGCAGUAAUUUUGAUCUUCUCCUACAUGAUUACUACAAUAAAAAUUACACUGAAUUUCCAUCAUGUUCACAAGUUCAGAAUGAACUACAACAUCAACAACAACAGCAGAAUAUCAAACAAGUGAAAUACUGCAGCAUACAGAAACCUAACUAUGAGUGUAAUUAUAUCCUGAGCAAUCCACAAACUGAUUGCUUUCAGGAUGUAUUUCCAUCUACACUCCCAGAUCUCAACUUUGAUCCGGUUGAUGGAGGUUCAGAUGAUAGUGAUAUCAUUGUAGAAGAUUUAGAUGAUGAUGACUAUAUAGAAGAUCAGGAUCCGUCAAAUGAUACAAGAAAAUUCAAUUGUUUAUUGUGCAACGUGUCUUAUUCACCGAUCGGGAGUCAGUUCUAUUAUUUAACCGCGGAGAAUCCUUUAACGAUGUCUUCACAGAAGUCGGUUUCUGAAAAAUUGAAAGGUAUAGUUGGAAAUUUUAAUGAAAGUUAUCUGUGUUGUCAAUGUCUGGGGUUGAUUAACACUAUAGAUCAUUUAGAAAUGAAACUACAAGGGUUAAAGGAUGAUUUAAUCAAGAAAUAUGAGUCUAGUAACGGUGUAAAGGUAAAAAUUGACAAAAAAACGAAAAUGAAGUGUAAUCAUAAGUUAAAAUGCAAAAUAUGUAAAUGUAGUAUUGGUUUAAAGAGUGUUUUUACGAAUCACAUGCGGAAACAUCGAUUAAGCAAGCGAUUUUUAUGCGAUAUAUGUGGAAAACGUUUCACAAACGCUAAAAACUUCAAAAUUCAUAUUAAAAAUCAUUCGGGAGAUGUGAAAACGAAACUUAUAAGCGGGUAUUCUUGUUCCACAUGUAAAAAAGUAUUCAGAACGAUGUCGAAUUUAAAGGAACACGUGAAUUAUUGCUCAGGGAAUUUGCCUUUCAAGUGUACAAAGUGUCAUAAAAAGUUUCCAUCAACUACGAAACUUAAAAAUCACAUUAAAUUGAAACACGAAAAGAAAUUUACUUCGAUUUGUUCGAUUUGUAACAUUGGUUUCGUACAAAUCAGUGAUUAUAAGCGGCAUAUGAUCUCACACAGUACACAUAAGAAGUUCAAUUGUUCCCAAUGUGAUAAAUCGUACAAAACAUUGAGUAAUCUCAACUUCCACAUGAAGUUCCACGCCAAAAAGUUGCCUUUCCUUUGUGAGAUAUGCACAAAAGGUUUUAUGCGUAAAGAGUAUCUAGAAUCACACAUGGCGUCGCACACGGGUGAGAAAAACUUCUGUUGCACCAUGUGUGAUAAGAAGUUUGUGUCGCAGAAGAAUCUCGACGCGCAUUUGAAGUAUCAUAAUGGAGGGAUUAAUAAAAAGUCGUGUAAUAUUUGCGGGAAGGUAAUAUCGAAGAUUGCGCUUGAAGAUCAUUUAAGAACACAUAGUAAUUUGAAAGAGUUCAAGUGUGAUGGGUGUGAGGAACGUUUCAAUACGAAAAGUUCAUUGCAGAAGCAUAGGAAACGAAAACAUGAUUUGUAAUGAAUAAAUGUUUUAAUUAAG